AUGCGGCGCGAGCUGGCGAGCGCCCAGGCGCGGUGGGAGCUGCGGCACCAGGAGGCCUCGUCAGGAACCCUGGUGGAGUCGUUUACAUUAGGGUGGCUCAACCUGCAAACCCUCGGUGGCGGCCAGGUGGUGCGGGCGCUUUGGACGCCGGUACUGGAGAAGCACCUGGCGGGACUCACUAUGGAGCUGCUGCAGCGCGUCUUCAACGAGGUCCGCCCCGCGCCGCCGCCGUUGCUGCCGCACUGCUGCGCGCGCUACGACCCCGCGCGGCAGCUGCUGUCCUUCGCUCUUGACGCAAAUUUCACAUCAAGUGGCGCACAGGGCGUGGUCCUGCUGCGCAUGAAGCCCCUCGGCGCCAUGCUGCAGGGCCUCAGCAUGCGGCUCGAGGCGACGCACAUUCACAUCGCGGGGCGGCUGCACAUUGGCGUCGAGCUUACCAACGAGCCGCCGGGCAUCAAGCGCAUCCAGUAUUCCUUUGCAGAUGAGCCCUCACUGGACAUCUCAGCCCGGCCCCUGGGCGUAUCCUCCUUCUCCAGCGAGCUGCCUGGCAUCAUCAACGCGCUGCGGGCGCUACUGCUGCGCGUCAUACGCCGCCGCAUGGUCGAGCCCAACCGGCAGUUCUUCGACAUGCAGCGAAUGUACACAAACCGGCACGCGCGGCGGGCCGGCGGCCCCGGCGGCCUGCUGCGCAUCGUGCUGCUCUGCGGCCGCAACGUUGCGCCCCCGCCCCCGCCCGGCACGGCGGCCCCGGCCGGCGGCGCCGCCGGCCAGGACGGGCUCUCCGUGUACUGCCGGCUGCGCUUCGGCCGCCAGGUCUUGCGGACGCCGCUCGUGCACCACUCCGGCAGCCCCGUAUGGAACUGGUCGUUCUCGUUGGCGCUGCCAGGGCCGGUCGGCGCCCUGGGGCCGCGGGAGGCCACCGUCGAGCUCAGCGUGUGCGACGCCAAGACGCUGGGGGAGCCGGCGGUGCUGGGCACCUGCCAGCUGGUCCUGUCCGAGCUGGGAAUAGAAGCCAAUGGGGCCCCUCGGCCUGUGCUGCUGCCUCUCAGGAAAGGCACACCCGGCUCGUCGCUGCAGCUCACGGUGCAGUGGCUGCAGGCCGCGCCCAGGAAGGCCGACCCGUUUGAAGAGGCGGCGGCUCGCGCGGCGGCUGCGGUGGCAGACGAGGCAGGCACGACUGGCGCGCCGCCUGGAAGCCAGCAGCAGCAGCAAAUCCAGCAGCAGCAGCAGCAGCAGCAGCAGCAGCAGCAGCAGCGAACGCAGCAGGUGGUGGCGGCGCAGCACAAGCAGUCAGCAGCGGCGGCCCCGUCCCCACCGGUGUCGGGCAGGAGCAGCGAAUCUCUGAAGGCGCCACCGCACUCACUCAUGGAGCCUGCAGGCCAGGCGUCGUUUGGCUCAAGUGCACCUAGCGGCGAUGCAGCGGCCCCUGCGUCAGCUCCUGCGUCCCCGACCCGCCGGCUGCCGCGUCAGGGGCCGUCUUUCCACAGGCGCGUCGGGUCUGCCGGCGCGGUCGAGUCCGCGGGCAUGGACCAGCGGCCAGCGGCGGCAGAGGGGGCGGUCCCGCCGCCUGCGGGCGGGCGCCGGUCAGCUCCCAUCACUGGCGGCAGCCGCUCCCCCUCACCCCAUGGUCCCUCUCCUCCAGCCGUCUCGGCAGCUGCGCACGCGGCUCUUGCGAGGUCAGAAGGCGGGGCUGGCAGCGGGGCGGCGCGGCAGUCGCUCCUGCGCAGGGCGUCGCCGCAGCUGCCCCCCCAUGGGGGGAGGCAGUCGCAACACUUCAAACCCUCAGAAAACACGACAACAGCCCCAGAGGCUGCUGCGGCCCCGUUUGCACCGCGCCAGUCUGCCGGCGGCGGCGGCGGCCUGCUGGAGUCAUGGCGAGCGUUCCGGGCCAGCAGACGCAGCAGCACUGCAGCAGGCGGCAGCGGCGGCGGGGGCGGGGAAGGCCAUUCACGAGCGGCAGCGGGGGUGAUGCCACCUCGGCAUCAGGGACUUGAAGGGUUGCCGGGGCAGUUCCCGCUUCUCGCGCGCGUCGACUCUGACGGGCAGCUCUUUAUAUCCAGUCCCAGCGGCGUCGCCGGAACCACCAGCGACCGGAACGGCGCAGAGCCGGGGCCGCUGGGCAGGGAGGCGCAGGCCAGCGCCCUCCUGACAGGGACCGCGCUCAGCAGCGCCGAUGGCGACGCCGCUUCCCUUUCAGGGCUGUCGCACGACGGCUCCGCCUGGAGCGUCCCGCUGGAGAAGGCAGACGUAGCGGCCGCCGCGGAGGGAGAGGGGGGCGGCGGGACGCCAGAGCCGGCUAUGGUGCGCGAUGGCGGUGCGUGGCACACUGCUGGCAGCGGCUUGCCGCCAGGUCAGCAGCAGCAGCAGCAACAGCAGCAGCAGCAGCAGCAGCAGCAGCAGCAGCAGCAGCAGCAGCAGCAGCAGCAGCAGCACAAGGAAAUGGAGGAUGGCAUCAAAGGCGCUGAUUCUGCAGCGGUGGCACAAGAUGAGGCCACCGAUACAUCGCGCACGAGCCUUCGUGCGGACCUGUCUGUCCACAAUUCUGAGGACCUCGCAGGGUCGUUCACAGCGCCGCCAUCCUUGUUGCUGCAGCCCCCCCUCCCGCCGCCUUCCCCGCGGCGGCCGCCCUCGCCGCCAAAGCCGCAGCUGCAGCUGCAGCUCCCGCCACGGUCGCCGCCAUCGCAGCGGGGGCCCGGCGGCAGCCCAACAGGCAGCGCAUCGAGCACCGGCGGCGCCGCGGCCACGCCCUUGGGUCUGUUAGCCCAGGUGGCGCGCCUGCAGCGGCAGCUGGACGAUCAGCGGCGCAGCAACGAGGACUUGCAGGCGCAGCUGACGUCGGUAAUGGACAGGUACGACAAGCUCAAGCGCCUGCGCCACGCCGAGGGCCGCCUCGCGCUUCUGGACGGCGCCCGCCUCCUGCUGCACGGCCGCGACGGCGCGGCGCACCCCGUGCUGCUGUGGCUGGACGAGCCCGGCGCCUGCCUCCGCAUCGCCGCGCCGCCCGAGGGCCGCCCCGCGCCGGCGCGGCUCAGGGGGCACCUGGCCCGCAGCCGGUCGCACACGCAGCUCAACGGAUCUGCAGCGGCGGCUGCCUCGGCAGUGGCGGCGGCGGGCGGCGGCGCGAGCGGGGACGUGGUCUCUGCGGCGUGGGGCGCACUUUGCAGCUGCGGCAAGGACGAUCUGGUGCUUCUGAGGCAGCUUCCUCUGGCCUCCAUUGUCAGCGUGCGGCCCGGCACUGAGCUGUUUGCCCAGCUGCCUGGCCCAGGCGUCGGCGCCGCGGGCAGCUGGGCGCACAUGCGGGCGAUGCUGGCAGGCGGCGGCCCUGGCUCUGGGGCGUCGGGCGCGCCAGGCAUGCUGGAAGGUGCGCGGAGCUUCACAAUUGUAUGCACGCCAGAGGCGGGCGCAGCAGGCGGCAGCAGCGGGUCGGCAUACAACUUCCAGGUGCCAAACACCGGCAAUGGGCGGAGCAGGGAUGAGUGGCUCAAUGCGCUGCGCGCUGCCAAGCGCGAUCACAUGGUGUAA